AUGUCGAGCCUAGUGGAAACAGAUUUACCAGAAGCACUGACGGUUCUACGAGAUAUCAAAAAGUCCGCCGGUGAGUGUCUCCAGCACCUGCGGUCACUGCUAGCCAAGAUUAAAGAAAGACCAUCCAAUGUCCAUUCCCAGGGUAUGAGCUUCCUGGAUGUGAAGAACCAGCUGAUGGCCAGCUACAUGGCAAACCUGGGUCUGUUAAUGGACAAAAAGACCAGCGGCCUGACUGUCAAAGAUGACCCUAGCAUUGACCGGCUUGUGGAGAAUCGCACUGUGUUGGAGAAAAUGCGACCCAUGGAACACAAGCUAAAAUAUCAGAUCAACAAAGUUGUUACGGCAUACAAGGAGGGAAUGCUGGAUCCAAACGACCCUCGCAAGUUCAAAGCAAACUUUGGAGCAUUUGCAAAUGUGCCCAUCCAGAACUCAUCUGAUGAAGAAGAUGCAGCCAUCAAGGAGAAGGCCCAGGACAAGUUCAAAGCCUAUGUGGUGCCAAAGUUAACUCCGGUAUAUUAUUCUGAUGAUGAAACUGCAGAGGAACGCACAAAAAAGAUGCAAGAGAAGACAUCUAAGCGAGCCCUGAGUUCUGCCAUGCUGCGGGAAAUGAGGGAGCAGUUUACAGAUGCACCUGUGGAAAUAACGGAAUCUCAAAAUCUGCAUCGUUUCAAAGAUAACAGGAAGAUGCAGGAGAAACUAGAAUAUGAGGAGAAUAAUUUUGUGAGGCUGUCGGUGUCUAAGAAGGAAUCAGCUGGCAUGAGGAAGAUGGGGACUAUGUCUGCUCUUGGCUCCCUGGCUGAUUUUGAUCACUUUGGUGAAUUUGAUGCCAACACAGAGGGUGGUCACACCAAGAAAAGGAAAGUUACACAUAAGAAACACAAGGGCAAGUCUUUCCGGGGCAAGAAAAACAGACGAUAA